ACUCCGCCGCGCCGAGCCAGCGAGCGGGCGGCAGCUCUCGCCGGGCGCCGGAGCCCACGGGAGGCGGCGGGAGCGGGCCGGGGCCAGGGCCGCGGCAGCGGCGGGGCCCGGCGGCGGCGCGGCGAGUUGGCGGCGGCCCGAGCUCGCCGGAAAGUUGGUGCCGGCUGAGCCGGCGGCGCCCGCUCGCCAUGCAGAGACCCAGCGGCCAGGGGACUGCCUUCUCCAUCGAUUCGCUCAUCGGGACGCCGCCGCCGCGGUCCGGGCACCUGCUCUACACCGGGUACCCCAUGUUCAUGCCGUACCGGCCGCUGGUGCUGCCGCAGGCGCUGUCCCACGCGCCCCUGCAGUCGGGGCUGCCGCCGCUGGCGCCGCUGGCCUCCUUUGCCGGCCGCCUCACCAACACCUUCUGCGCCAGCCUGGGCCAGGCCGUGCCCUCCAUGGUGGCUCUCACCACGGCCCUGCCCAGCUUCUCCGAGCCCCCCGACGGCUUCUACCCGCCGCAGGAGCUGCCUCCACCGCGUGCCAACCCCGACGCCGGCUGCCGGCGGGGCGCCGAGGGUCUAGAGGCGGAGGAGCUGCCCCCGGGGCGCGACAAGGGACCGCCCGAGCCGCCGCUGCACUUUCCGGACCCCUUCCCCGGCCUGGCAGACGGGAAAGCGUACAGCUCGGACGAGGAGAAGCUGGAGGUGAAGUCGGCGGCGACACCGUGCAGCGAGCGGGAGGAGGAGAGCUCGGCGGGCGACAGCGAGGAGGAGCCCUUCCUGGACGGGGCAGCCGCCGCCGCGCUGGGCGCCAAGGGCAAAGGCAAGGGCGGCCCCGCGGCCGAGCAGACCCCGCCGGGUUCCGGAGCCGGGAAGAGCCGCCGGCGGCGCACGGCCUUCACCAGCGAGCAGCUGCUGGAGCUGGAGAAGGAGUUCCACUGCAAGAAGUACCUGAGCCUGACAGAGCGCUCGCAGAUCGCGCACGCCCUGAAGUUGAGCGAGGUGCAGGUGAAGAUCUGGUUCCAGAACCGCCGAGCCAAGUGGAAACGCAUCAAGGCGGGCAACGUGAGCAACCGCUCGGGCGAGCCCGUCCGCAACCCCAAGAUCGUGGUGCCCAUCCCGGUGCACGUCAACCGCUUCGCCGUGCGCAGCCAGCACCAGCAGAUCGAGCAGGGCGCCCGGCCCUGAGCGCCGUCGGGGCUCUCGGACCCUGGGGCGGGCGGGCCGCCGGCAGCGGAGAGGGCCGGCGCGGCAGGGGCGCGGCCCGGGCGCCCGCUCGCACUCCUCUGUACAUGUCCCUUAUUUAUUCCGUGUAAACUCUGUACAUACGGCAGCGUGUCCGUCUGUCCGUGCCGCGGAGAGCGCAGGCCGCCUGGCCCCCGCGGGUCCCGGCCGCCAGCCGCGCCGGGCCGGGGCCGGGGCCGCGCUGCCCGCGGGCGCCCGCCCAUGUAUAGCUGUGAUUUCAAUAAAUUAUUUUCUAUGGAA